UAGAGAUGUUUCCGAGACGGGCAGCUCUGGUUGCGGCACUGACGGGAGCAGUAGUCUACUGGACAACCGGUCUUGGUCCCGCGGCAGCUCUCGCCGUUUCCCUGACGACGUUUCUCCCCCUCGGCGGCGCCCGCUACCUCAGUCUUCUCUACCGAGUUCUCCCAAGAGACGUAAAAUUAGUUCUGCUGGCCGUGAAAGCGAGAAGGCGCCUAAAAUAUUACCAAGACAAAAAAUUCAACCUCUUCGACAUUUUCUGCGAAGUGACAAGCAAACACCCCCACAAAACCGCAAUAAUUUGCGUGGAUGAUGGACGAAAGUGGACGUUUGCCGAACUGGAGAAAUAUGCCGGUCGAGUUGCGUGCUAUUUCAGCAGCAUAGGCGUUGCCAAAGGUGACGUGGUGGCGGUGUUUGUGGAGAAUUGUCCUGAGCACAUUGGCCUGAGCCUGGGACUAUGGAAACUUGGAGCAAUCCCAGCGUACAUCAACACGAAUCUUCGACAGUCUUCCCUCCUGCAUUGCCUCAACAUUUCAAACGCCAAACACCUCAUCUGCUCGGCCCACCUCCUGCCCCACGUCGCAGAGAUAGAGAACAAUUGGAGGAAGGGUUGGCCAGUGGCAGUGUGUUUCUUCUGGGCGGGACGGGCGUGGACGAUGGUGGAAAAAUGGGCGGGGCAACAAGAGGGAAAAAUUUGGAACUGGAAUUGGAGAAUGUGACUGAACGCAACCUCCCACCUCUUCAGGACAAGUCUCUCUCUGAUAUAGCCUCCUACAUAUACACCUCUGGUACCACUGGUCUUCCAAAGGCGUGCAGAGUCACUAGUCUGAAAACUGUUGGUGGCUCUUGUGGCAUAGCGACCCUGGGUCAUGUGACCUCUGAUGACAUCAUCUACAAUUGUCUCCCCCUCUACCACUCCGCAGGAGGGUUACUAGCUCUCGGCGAUGUACUAUUUCUCGGGUGUACAAUGGUGCUCAGGAAAAAAUUUUCAGCCUCCAAGUUUUUUGAGGACUGUACAAAGUACAACUGCACCGUGGUGCAAUACAUUGGGGAAGUCUGUCGCUAUCUUCUAGCCCAGCCAGUGCGCGAUACAGAUGCCACCAACCCGGUAAACAUCGCCGUCGGCAACGGACUCCGCCCGGAAAUCUGGAACCAGUUUCAGACUCGUUUCGGGAUAUCCCGAGUGGCCGAGUUUUACGCCGCUACCGAGGGAGUCAGUGCAAGCUGUAACCAUGACAACAAGCCUGGGGCAGUCGGGCAUGUGAUAAUCUCGUUCCCGUUCCCCCCUUCAAUCAUACUCGUCAAACGAGAUCCGCAAACAGGUCGUUAUCUCCGUGAUGACAGGGGUUUCCUAGUUCAAGCGGGGGUCAACGAACCCGGAGAAUUGAUAUCGCCAGUCGACCAAUCAGAUCAGUUUCGGCAGUACCAUGGUUACAGCAACCGAAAAGCCACGGAGAAUAAACUGAUACACAACGUCUUCAGGCAAGGCGACACGUAUUACAAAUCGGGCGACGUUCUUACGCAUGGACGAAGAAGGCUACCUCUAUUUCUGCGACAGAACUGGGGACACGUUCCGUUGGAAGGGGGAGAACGUCUCGACGGCAGAGGUGGAGGGAGCAAUGCAAAAGAUACUCGGCCUGAAAGAUGUUUUAGUGUAUGGCGUAGUCGUCCAUGGUUCAGACGGACGUGCUGGCAUGGCAGCCAUCAACACCGACGAAGAUUCCCUGGACAUAUCGGACCUGUAUCGAAAACUAUCGGUCGAGCUCCCGCGCUAUGCCGUCCCUAUCUUCGUCCGGUUGAUCAGCAGCGUGGCGCUCACUUCCACGUUCAAACUGAAGAAGACGCGGGCGAGAGAGGAGGGGUACGAUCUGGGACGCGUGGCUGACCCACUGUUUCUCCUUCAUCCGUCCCAGGGUCGCUACGUGAGACUGACUCCAGAACUGAUACUGGAACUGGAGAAUGGGAACCUGAAACUCUGAACACGUUGGACACCACAGACAAUUAGUAGAGAUUUGACAUAAGCAAUUCUAUAUUAGACUUCAACAGUUAGUGCGAGUUCUUGUGCAGAACAAAAUGGUAAAAAAUUUAAUGGCUUUUCACAACUAAUGCUGUUACCUUACUUAUGAAAAUUGAUUGAUUGAU